GCGAAAUACACUGAUUUAGUAUACAUAUAUAACCACGCUAUGUUCAAGUCAAUCAGUUUUUUUAGACUAAGGAGUAACUUGUUAAGCACUCUUGUAGUAUACCAUUUUGUAAAACACGUUAUUUAUUCGGAUAGAAAAGUUUACCUUUGGAAUCUUACAGAACUGAGCAAUGAUGGACAGGAGAGUUGUAUUGGCCGCACUAUUAGCCGGUUCGUUGACGAUGGUAUCGUCACUUCUAUGCACUGGGCACUGUGACGUCAACGGAUGUCAAGAUGACGUCAUGUGCGUUGCGUGCGCUGCAGGAUAUUGGGGCUUUCACUGUAACAUCACCUGCCCCGCUGAGUGCACGAGUGAUGGAUGUGUACGAGAACACGGGCAGUGUAUGUCGUGCAGGACCGGUUAUUAUGGUGAAUAUUGCACCGAUGUGUGUUCGGAUAUUGCUAAUGAGAAUUGUGAAAAAGAAGUAUGCGAUCGGCAAGACGGUAUGAUUUGCCAGACCUGUGCUGAUGGUCUGUUCGGACCAACCUGUGACAACCAGUGCCCAGGGAACUGUUCGAAAUGCAGCGAGUUUGACGUUUGUUCAGUUUGUAAGCCCAACUUCUGGGGAGAUACGUGUGAAAACGAAUGCACCGAAGACAGUUGCCCAGUAUGUAACAAGUUAAAUGGGCAAUGCGAGGUAUGUGAUCCAGGGUCUUAUGGUCAGAACUGUACCAUUGCGUGUCCAGCCUGGUGUGAAGCGUGUGAUAUGGAUUCGGGUGACUGUAAACUGUGCCCUCCUAAGAAAUACGGGUCGGAAUGUGACCAGGUUUGUGACAUUGCAAAUUGCAAGUCAAUCCGAUGCGAUCGCGAUGGUAUCUGUGUUGAGUGUAUGGAUGGUUUUUGGGGGUGGUACUGUGAGCCAUGUGGUCAGUAUUGUGACGGAACGUGUGAUGAAGUGACGGGAAGAUGUCCGGCCUGUAUACACGGACGAUGGGGCAAGAGUUGCGAAGACACUUGCACUCUGAAUUGCAGUGACCAAUGCGAUAGGGACACUGGGAAAUGCCUUACUUGCCCUGGCGGUUUCUGGGGCGGACAGUGUGAAUAUGAGUGUCCGUAUCCCUGUAAUAAUUUAUGUAAUGUGGAGACCGGUACGUGCACGGUAUGUCCACUUGGGUGGUGGGAUCAUAACUGCGACCAACUUUGCCUGGGCGGAAAUUGCACGCGGUGUGAAAGGACCAUGGGCGAGUGUAUGGAAUGUGUUGAGGGUUUAAUGGGCGUUGACUGUGCCCAGCCAUGUGGAGCAGGAUGUGCCGGAAAUUGUCUGCGAGGGUCGGGGAUCUGCCUUGGAUGUGAAAGCGGUUUUCAUGGAGAUUUAUGCGAUCUUCAAUGUUCGAACUCGUGUCAAGGUGCUUGUCAACAAAAGAGCGGAACCUGCCUCCGCUGUCAAGAUGGCUACUGGGGUUCUUUCUGUGAGAACAAUUGCCCAAACGGCUGCUCCGUAUGUUCAUGGUCAGAUGGAAGCUGUUUGCACUGUGAUCAGGGUCGCGGGGGAGUUAACUGCAGUCAAUAUUGCGGUAUCGCAGGGGAAACUUGUCUAGAAGAGCGCUGUGCCCUGGGAGGAGAAGUACAAUGUUUGAAAUGUGCUGAUGGGUUUUGGGGCUUUGACUGCGGAAAUGAACUCAUCCCAAACUAUUGCAAAGAAGACAAAGUUGACAUCUUAACAGGAGAAUGUGUUAGCUGCGAUGCCAGCUAUUGGGGUGUGGGCUGCUUGAAUGAAUGCCCACUACGAUGCCCAGACUGUGACCUUCAGACUGGUGCGUGUCUGUCUUGUGUUCGUGGUUUCUAUGGUGUCGACUGUGGAUCUAUUUGCGAAGUGGAGAAUUGCGUAGGAUUUUCCUGUGACAAUAAUUCAGGAGAAUGUUUAGAGUGUACUCCUAACCACUGGGGACCAAACUGCGAAUAUAAAUGCCGAGAUGGAUGCGUGACAUGUAACAAAAUAACUGGGACUUGUGACACUUGUGGGGAGAACCUGUAUGGGAGUAACUGUAAACUUGAUUGUCCAAGCGGGUGCAAGCGGGGCUGUGACAUGCAAACAGGGGUGUGUUAUGAUUGUGAACCAAUGUGGUGGGGGCGGUUUUGUAACAAAACGUGUUCCCAUAGCAACUGCGCCUCGUGCGACCAGCAUUCCGGGGAAUGUCGGGAGUGCUUGGCGGGUAAAUGGGGGUCGCAGUGUGAGAAGGCAUGCACCGGAAAUGGAUGCAAGAUGUGUGCCAUGGAGACGGGAAUUUGCUUUCAAUGCUUAGAAGGAAGUUGGGGUGAUAUGUGUCAGUACGCAUGCGCGGAUGAUUGCGCUUGUUGCAAUACAUUGGAUGGAAUCUGCGAGCCGUGCACCAAGCAGCAAUCUUCCGCCGCUCCUGCUGGUUCCAUACACAUGGAGACUCUGGGCGUCUCGGUGGCCGUCUCCGUCGGCGUCACGCUGGUGGCCGUCAUCAUUCUCGUCGUCAUCGUCAUAACACGUACAAGAACUAUUGAUGACCAACUGUUUCAAAACUUGGAAAGAAACUCUCCGCCAUCUGCGCUGUCAUUAAACAAGGGAUUCCCGUUGGAUGCGGAGAAACGUCAGAGUGACGUCAUACCGCCCGGGGAGGGAUACGCCCGCGUGCCAAAAGAAGCAGGCUUAAACGACCAGUUCUGUAACAAGGCGUAUGAGGACCAGCCGGUACCAUCUGAAUCGUCUGCAGCACCAAAUAAAGCAGACGACAUGUAUACAGAGGACGGCUACAUCUUGCCGAUGUCAUCAAGGUCACCGGAACUGACGUCACAACAAAACGAUUCAGAAACAAAGACGAUGGCGCCUGGUCUUGUAGCGGUCAGUGGUUACUUUGAACCGGAUGUUGUCAAAAGUCUGUCCAAGCUUGACAAGAAUACCGCACAGACAGAUGACGAGACUCCGGACGGUUGCCCGGACUCCCCGCACCUGUACACUAACCUAGGCCAUGUGGGCCGGACCUUUACGGAACGACUAAACAUGGCCGCCCCUCUGCCCCGUUCUUCCGGGGUCCUCCGACCAGCGGCCUACACGAACGUGUCACCCGUGGUAACCGAAAAACAGUUCCAGUUCCGACCGGACAGCGCCCACGUGACCCCCGGCAUGUACGAGGAAAUAGAGAUUCCGGUACUCAGCGCGUCCAGUCCCCCCUACACACAGAUGACCAAUAAGUUACCGUGAUUUCAGUGUCUGUAAAUGUGUUAUAUUGAACUAACGUAUAAUGUGACCCUUUUACUGUUACAAAUGUCAGUCUAACACAACACUUAUGAUAUAAUGAUGUAUGUGUAUUAUAUGUACUGUAUUUAACGAUAAAAUACAUUUAUAUAUAAGAGUAUAAAUAUUUAGUUAAAAUAAUUUUAAAUGUUAAAUAAUAGACAUGCACGUAGCCAGCCCGUUAAUAACGACGAACUUAUAAUACAGUAUGUCAUCUUGAAAUAUCUAAAUUUCUGCUUGUUUAAUACGAUGGUAAAGGGUUCAUUAAUGUUGUUUUAUUUGUUCAUUGGACAUGUUUCAUUGGUUAGACCUUAUUUAAAAAGUAUAAUUAAAUGACUCCAUCCUCCCUCAACAAGUUUGCCACCUACGUUCAAAUGGGAACGUUUAGAUAACGUAACGCGGUCAAUAUUCUAAUCAGUUGCACUUAAUAUAUGUCACCUUAAAGCUUUUUACUUUACUGAAUCUGAGCCUCGUGGCGUAACUGACAUCUCUAAUAUAACGGACAAGUAAUAAACACGUUCUUUAAACGUUCCGUUUUCUCAGAUACGCAUCAUUUACUAUGCUUAACCGUUAACGUCAUUUAUAAGUUAUAGCCAUCAAAUUGACGUUAUCGAACACGUUACAUUUCGCCAGCCCGUGAUAGCUCAGUUGGUAGAGCGGAGGACUGUAGUGGACUAACUGGCAUCCUUAGGUCGCUGGUUCAAAUCCGGCUUACCGGACUCUUUUUUUAAUACUAUUUAUUAUUUUCAAAUUGUCAAACAUUUUUUUCUUAUAUAGUGUAGGUAAAUGUAUUUGAUAUAACGUUAUUCGAUAAUACCAAUACCAGUUUGAACACUAAAUGAAAGAGGUCGCGAAGUAAACAGAAACGAGCGAACCUAUUCAUUGGAAUAAUACUCCCAUUCGAGUGCCGUGUCAGACUUACAUUCAUUUUUAGCACAUUGCAGUGAAUCAAUUUUAAAACUUUAUAAUUGUUAAAGCUGAAUGGUGUGUGAUUAAAAACUUGCUGUAUAUGAUCUGUUUGAUCUUCGUUUUUUACAUUUUAACGCAUUGUUUUAACUCCUACACUGGAUUUGUCUUCAUUUUCUUAAAUGCAUAGUGGUUACUUUAAACUAGGUUUGUUUUCUUAUAAGAAACUUUUUCAAACGUUUUUUUUAAUGUUAAAUACACUUUCUUCGCUUAUAUGGUGUUGGGGGUCGUGAACACUGGAAAUAAGUGUUAUAGCGUGUGCAAAUUGGUUAAUUGAAUAUAACAAAUACAUGUAUAGGAAAUUUACUUAGUUUUCUCUUACCUCGAGUACCACAAAUAUUCAACCACAAUACAGAGGAUGAUAUUUCAAGCUACAUUUUGUUUUGAAUUCGUGCGCACAGGUUGCAUGUCGGUCUGUAUUUAACUUGUUUUAGGGGGAUUUUUUUGUAAUUUUAGAACCUCUCCGGUUUCAGUGUUGAGUCUGCACAAAUCGUCUUAUAUACAAAAAGGAAUUAUCAUAAACGUUGUGUUUUUUGUAGCUUAGUCUUUCACCCGUGUAGAAUAUAUGAGAUUUGGUCAAAUAUGAUUAGGAAUUAUUUAACGUUGUUGAGUGCAAUAUUGUUUAGGGGAUUUAUUGACAUGUUUUCCUAUAUAUAGAUCAUUUUGAUAUUUUUUUCAAGCAAAAUUCUUAGAAUUGUAUUGAAAUGUCAUAUAAUUACUUUUUUUAAAACAACAUGAAAGGACCGAAGGGCUAUAUUUUAGUGUAUCUUCCUGUGUAUUAUAUAAAAUAUUAUACAAAUUUAACCUAUGCUCAAUGUGAAAAAUAAACAGCUCUUAUAAUAUGAAAAUUAAUGCUAUCACUGUUGCACAAUAGAAAAAUAAAAAGCUCUUAUAUUAAUUAGCAUUGUAUAUAAUAAAAGCAUCUUAACAGAGAGCUAAUGCUUUCAGUGUUGCACAAUAGAACAUGUAUUGAAAUGCUUUUCUUUGUCUGUUGUAGUUUGUGAUAUUUUAUACAUUUGGAAAGUUACUUGUUGCUAUUACUUGUGAUGGAAUUCUAUAACAUUCUGUUUGUUUGCAUACAUUCAUGAUUUAUAAAUUAGUGAUUUGUAUAUGACGAUAAGCUGUAUAUGCUAAACUCUAAAUAAAAUGUAUGUUAUGUUUA